AUGAAGUUCAGUGCUGUGAUCCUCCUCGGGCUCCUUGCCUUCUGUCGCGCCUCGCCGCAGGGCCGCAUCGUUGGCGGCCAGGAUGCUACUCUGGGGCAGUUUCCGCACAUGGUUUCGCUGAGGAUCGUGGCCUCAGGAAAUCACUUCUGCGGCGGCAGCAUCAUUUCCUCGCGCUAUGUUCUCUCGGCCGCUCAUUGCACGGUGGGUCGUCAGGCGGCGACAGUUCACGCCAUCGUGGGCACGAUCAAUCGUCUCCAGGGCACCGUUCAUCCAGUGUCCCAGAUCAUCGAUCACGAGGGCUACAACGCCAACACGCUGGCCAACGACGUGUCGGUCCUUCAGGUCGCGUCGCCGUUCGUCUUCAACAACAUCGUCAGUGCCAUCCAAGUGGGAUCCGCUCACGUGGGCGGAGGAGUGACGGCCUUCGUCUCCGGAUGGGGCCAGACUGUGCAGCCCAGCGACGAAGUUCCCAUCUGGCUGCAGUGGCUUCAGGUGUACACACUCACUCAUGAGGAUUGCCGUGCCAGGAAACCGCUGCCGAUCAGACUUCUGGUGCACGAGAACACAAUCUGCACAUUCACGAUGGCCGGCCAGGGUCUCUGCUUCGGCGAUUCAGGCGGUCCGAUGAUUGUGGGCAACACCGUCGUGGGAAUUCCCAGCUGGGUGUCACCGGGAUGUGCUCAGGGACGUCCAGAUGUCUACGCCAGAGUGUCCAGUCACAGGGACUGGAUUAUCGCCAACACGGAUUUGUAAUUUGACUCAAAGAGAAUGAAUAAAGAAUAAUU